GUAUUUUUCUGUGAAAAAGUUGUUGAAAUGUUUAGUCCACGUGUAACUAAUUUUUAUAGGAAAUUUCAUGAUGAAUCCGAAACUACAAGAACUGGAAUAUGCUGCACAUCUUUUAUUCGCAUCACAGUUAGUAAGUGUUGAACAGCACCAUGCAGCUGAGCAAGUUUUUCUCAAUUUCAAAGCACAAGCUUCUCCUUACAAAUUUUGCCAAGAAAUCUUUCAGCAAAGCAACAAUGAUUACGUCCUCUACCAAGCUGUGACAACCUUGAAAGCAGCCAUUGUGAGGGAGUGGUCAUUCUUGAAUAAAACUGAGACUGAUUUCUGGCUCAAUUUUCUUCUCGCCUUUGUCUGUGAAAGGAGAAAUCUACAGAAGUAUGUCAUUGAGAAAUCAUUGCAAUGCAUAGCAGUGAUAAUCAAGAGGGGUACAUUGGAUGAUUCAGCAGGAUACAGUUCACUGCAAAGUCUUAUGGGAAAUGUACAUCAAUUGUUUGUCAGCAAUGACUUGCAUAUGAAACUGAUAGGAUGUUCAAUGAUGAAAGCAUUGUUAUUUGAAUAUUCUUCAGUUGGUCAGUCCAGUGAUAUCAAGAUGAGUUUUGAAUUUCACUGCAAGUGCAAGGCACAUUUUGAGACUCAAAGCCUUCAGCAGUUUUUCAUAACAACAAUACAAGCCUUACAGACAUUCACUUCCAUCUCAACUCCAUUCACCAAAGAACACAUUGCAGUUUUGGGCAACCUGUUGUCUGUUACUGAAAGUAUUUUAUCAUGGACUUUUUCUCCUAAAAAUCCUUUGAGGGCGUUUCACUCCAGAGGCAACGAAGCUGCAACUCUAAUUUUAUUCAAACCUGGCCCAACCUGGCGAGAGUGUAUGGUGAAUGGAAAUGCUCUGGAAAUCUUCUUUAAUCUCAAAUCCUGUUUGAAUGACAAUGAACAGCUUCUUCAUCGAUACUUUCUUUGCCUGACACAAUUUGCUUCCUUGACUGGCACAGUUUUUUCAGACGAUUCAUCAAUAGUUCAAUAUCUUGGUCAUUUGUUGCAAGGCAUAUUGCACCUUGUACAUCAAUUCAGCAGUCAAGUUUCCGGUGUGAUUGCCUGUGGUUUUGCCUCUGUUGUCAAUCGCAUUACAACUGUUUUCUCCAUCUCAUCGGUAGCGACUCUUCCAACUGAGCUUGUAAAAACAUACCUCCAUGCUGUGUCUCUACUCACACAAAAUUUCUUGCAAGCAGCGAUGAGGAAUGAAGAGCUUCACAAUGAUGACACAUCGCACAUGGAGGCAUUUGAUCAACUCUUGAUAGCAUGGGUCAACAUAUUAUCCGGCUCCAACUCAUUUCCUAAAGACUUUCUCUCGGCUCCCUGCCUUCAGAUCCUUCAUCUUUACAUCAGGACGCACAUCUCUGCACCUGAAGGUACCAGAAACCCUCAAGGCGUACAAGAUCUUGAAGAAUUCGUUGAGCUGCGAGACACAGACUUGGAAGAGUUUGAUGAGCAGUUAUCCGCAGUUGCAAAGCUGGCACGGCAUGUUCUUGGGGAUGCUCUGCCAUUUCUCAAUCACAUGUUGGAAGUCAAGAUAGCUACAUUCAUGGAACAUCUGUGUACACUCAAGGAAAAAGGACCACUAGCUGUUGAUACGGUAAAAACAGAGAACCUGUACGAAGACUUGCAUUGGAUUAUCCUGAUUGCUGGCCACAUACUUAGCGAUGACGUUCUUGGUGAGAAGGCACUAAUCCCUGAUGAAAUCAUGAUGCAUUCUGUUGCUGAGUCUGAAAAUGUUCAUAUGGAAUCCACUGUGAAAUAUCUGACAUCACUUGGGACUGAUGACACAGGGGACAAAAGGAUUGAUUCUGUCACCAGGUUGAUAACAUUGAUGUUGAGAGUGGCGGACCUUGAAAAGCAAGCACUUGCUGCAGGACUUGGACCAAUAUUGAGCCCAGAACUUGGUGGAAAUAUUGUGUGGAUAUUGAGAAAAGUUUGUGAUGUAUACCUCAUGUUUUCCGAGCCUGACUAUGGUCAAAUCAGCGUAGCCUUGGUGGCAGCAUUCGGAAAGGGAAGUCAAAGCGCGCAGUGGUUUGUGAAAUUCAUCCUUGGCAAGGUUCUGAGUAAUCUGCAUGGUUGGUUGAGUGAGCCCAGUGUGUUGGAGAAUACAGCACAAUUGCUUGUCACAUUAAUGAGCAACAAAACAAAUGCCCAUGCAGCAAUCUCUUGUGAUGUGAUUGCUCAGCUUGCAAAAGAUUAUGCAGAAAACAACUCGUAUGUAAAAGACCUUCCUGCUCUUGUACAAAGGGAACUUUCUCGGGCACUGGUCAUUGCUGGAUCAGCUAUUGAACAUGAUUCAAGCAGAAAACAAUAUCUCAGUCAGAUCCUGAAUCCAAUCAAAGCCAGGUUUCUUUCUGUCGUCCAAGCUCCUAUGUUUCGAAAAGAAUGCCAACAUGAAGCUUUCAAGGAAGAAGUAGAAAGAUUGCUGCAGUGCUUUCGUGGUGCUGCCAAGGCAACAGACAGACGGAAUGUGUCUUUCCUCUUUUCCUUCCUUGUGCCAGUACUUGAGGAUUGUGUACCUUUGUUUGAAUUGUAUCACAACUGUUCUGAGACUGUAGAAAUCCUGUUGUCCUUGCUGUUAGACGUUGUUGAUUCACAGUUGGGCUUUCUUACUAAGGCUGAAUGGCCAACCUUGCAUAAGAUAUGUGUUAGUUUAAUGGAAGUUUACUCUAAGCACAGUCUAGGCAGACUGAAUAGAAGCAUUUUAGCUGAAGAAGAGACAUUUUUAGAUCUUUUAAUAUUUAUCAAGAUUUUAUCAACCAUCGUAAACAAAGAAUUUUUUGACUUUUCUGUUGAUGAGGUUCAUGGUGAAUACACCCCUGGGGAUGGGGGUGCCAAUGUUGUUUUAUAUGGAUUAAAUAUAUUAAUGCCUUUUAUCACUCCUGAACUAUUGAAGUUUCCUGAAUUAAAGGAGGAAUAUUUUAAAUUGAUAACAUUUGUCUGUGAAGAGCAUUUUCCUACUGUAUGCCUAAUGCCAGAUCAUUUGUUUGCAAACCUGAUGGUAUCAUUGGAGAAAGGUUUGACUGAAUGUGGUAGUGAUAUUGCUAAAUCAACUCUUGAAGCUCUGAGUAGCAUGGCAUUGGACCUGUUUCGGGAUCAACAACAGAAGACAACCAUAACUGAGCGAUCUGCAGCAUUAAAAUCUAUGCUAAAGAUUCUAUUCAACUUUUUGCUGUAUGAAACAUUUGAUGUGGUUGAUCUUCUCAUACCAGCUGCUGAUGCAUUUCGUUACCUAAUUUGUUGUCAUCAGGAGGAAUACACCAAUCUCGUUCAAAAUCUCCUGGCAAGUCAAACAGAUGCAGCAGUCCGGCAGAGACUUAUAGAUUCGUUCAACAAACUAAUACCACCAGAUGCCAAUAUUGCAAAUGAUAAGAACUACAAAGAGACAUUUCGCAAAAACUUGGAUUCAUUCCUCGCCAAUGUCAAAGGUUUGCUGUGCGUAAGGUAACAAAGUGAUUUGAUGGUUGUUUGUUGAUCAAGCUAAGCAGAGCAACCACAUACCACAUGCAGGUCUGUAUUUAUUCACUUGCACCUCUAAAUGUGCUCAUAGCUGCAACAACAUUUGACAUCUGAAGUGUGACUAGCUAGGUAACAAAACCCAUUUUCAAAUGUGCAUGGAAACAUUUUUCACCAGGAAAUGUUAAAGUGUUUUCUACUGUGGGCAAUGUCUAGAAAUUAGACCUGAAAAGUCAAAGAAAACUUUAACAUUUUAUGCAA